AUGGCUCCCCUCCUUUCUCUCCUUCACCAGGCUGCAACCCGCCUCGCGCGCCCACACACGCUGCGCGCCGUCCGUCUGUGCGCUGCGCGACUGUCUUCCUCAGCUCCUGCGCUCAACCGUGCCGUCGUCUUCUCUGAGAACGGCAAUCCCACCCAAGUCCUCUCCGUCAAGUCCUACGAGCCGCUACCGCCCCCUCCUCCUGGUGCCUUAAAUGUGCGCUUCAGGUUGUCCCCCAUCAACCCCUCCGAUAUCAACAUCGUGCAAGGCGUGUACCCCGCGAAACCCACGCGCGUCACAAUUUCUGGGAAGGAGCUUUCCGUUGGCGGUAAUGAAGGGCUCGCCGAAGUCGUCGAGGUCGGCGACGGCGUGCAAGGCUUUGAGGUCGGCGACUGGGUCAUCAGUGGGAAGCAGCAAGCGGGAACAUGGUCAACCACUCGUACCCUUCGGGCAGACGACACAAUCAAGCUCCCUGCGCAGGGCCUCAGCGAAGUCAACGCUGCUACUAUUGCUGUGAACCCCGCGACAGCAUUUUGUAUGCUUCAUGAGUUCCUAGAUCUCAAGGAGGGAGAUUGGGUGCUCCAGAACGGUGACCGACUAGUCGGCCAAGCCGUGAUUCAGAUCGCUGCUCGCAAGGGCAUCAAGACCAUUAACUUUGUGCGGACAAGGCAUGUAAUUGCGAACGACAUCGACAACCUCAUCGCCUCUCUCACGAGUCUCGGCGCCAACCAUGUCUUCACCUACGAGUCCCUCGAAGACCGUACGCUCGGCAAGAACAUCAAGCAGUGGACAGCGGGCAACCCAAUUCGCCUGAUGCUGAACUGCGUAGGCGGACCAACUACUCUGGCCAUGACUCGUUACCUCGGCGAGAACGCGCACUUGGUUUCGUACGGCGCUAUGUCUAAGCAGCCACUCGCCCUGCCGACCUCGGCAUUCAUCUUCAAGAACCUCCAAGCCCACGGCCACUGGCAGAGCCGGUGGUAUAAAGAGCAUAGCCGCCAGGAUCGUGAGGACCUCAUGGAUGUCCUUACUGCGCUUCAGUUGAAGGAACCAGAACACGAAAUACUGGACCUGUCAGACGAAGACAACGACGGCUUGGCAACCCAGAAGCUACGUCAUGCCCUCGACCGGAUGGAGCGGCCAUACGGGAGGAAAAUACUAUUGCGUCUGUGA